GCGUGGCUCUGCGGGGUGCCGGACUCGGGUUCAGGUCCCGGUUCGGAAUAGUCUUCCUUCGCUGGUGAGCGGAUCCAGCUGACGGGGCUUCUGAGCUAGUUAGGAGGUUCCUGUGCUGUUCUCAAGAGGCUGCGAGUAAAUCCACUCCGAGAAAAGUAACGGACAUGUGAGAAACAAAUGAAAUGGAUUUGCUAACUACUACUCUGCACAGUAAAUAUCCUCAGUGGAUGCUUGCACAGAACCAAGAGGGAAUUCUUGAUGAUAAAAAGAAGCCUAACGUUCGCCGGAGCGUUCUGGAGGACGGGCUGCCCUUCCUCGAGUUCCGUGGCUCCGUCGUUUACAGCUAUGAUGCCAGCGACUGUUCCCUUCUCGCUGAAGAUAUCAGGGAGAGCUUAUCUGAUGCGGCUGCUGUUGGAUUUGAUAUCGAAUGGCCGCCAUCGUAUACUAAAGGAAAAAUGGCCAAAAUAGCUGUAAUCCAAAUAUGUGUAACUGAGGAAAAAUGUUACUUGUUUCACAUCUCUUCAAUGUCAGGUUUUCCCAAGGGACUCAAAAGACUGCUGGAGGAUGAAGCAAUUAAGAAGGUUGGCGUAGGAAUUGAGGGAGAUCAGUGGAAGCUGAUGAGUGACUUUGAAAUCAAGCUGAAGAGCUUUGUGGAGCUGGCUGACCUUGCUAAUGAGAAACUGAAGUGUAAGGAGAUAUGGAGUCUAAACGGUCUGGUAAAACACCUUUUUGGCAAGCAACUUCUGAAAGAUAAGUCUGUCCGCUGUAGUAACUGGGAAGAGUUUCCACUGAAUGAGAAGCAGAAAUUGUACGCAGCCACAGAUGCUUAUGCUGGCUUCAUCAUUUAUCAAAAACUGAAAAAUAUGAAUAGUGGUAACCAGAAAAUAUUUGGUUUAAGAAGAGAUGAGAUGUCAGAUGAUGUGAAGGAGCGGUUGACUUUAUUAGCUGAAGAAAUAGUGGAUCUGGCUGCUCAUGUCCCUGGCUCUUCUGGACAACUUGGAAACUUGCAGAGCUUUCCUAUUUUAUCUUACAGAACUGCAGAAAUACUAGCUGAUAUAUCAGAAAAAGUGAAUGCUUUAAGAAGCACGCUGUUUGGUGGUUCUAGCUCCCCGUCCGAAUCGGAGAGGAACUGUAGGGCACUUCCCGAGUCAGAUGUUGAAGCCAAAAAAGCUGAAGUGUCUGAACUUCAUAAAAACCUGCAAGGUGACUUCAACAUCUGCUCAGAUGCUACGUUAGCUGGCCUCUGGGAGGGAGAGUUUAACGAAGGAAAAGCAGAGUGCAGUAACACUGACAAGACAGACGGGCCUGCAGCAGCUGAUUCUAAGGACAGAGCGGACAGAGAUGACUUCAUGUCACUAGACAUUACUGAGCACGAACUACAGAUGUUGGAGCAUCAGGCUGCAAAAGAGCUUCUGAAUGAAGCUGUGCCUGAGGAGGCAUCUUCCACAGACAAUGAACAAAAUAUUUCCUGUGUAAUUGAAAGCGAUGAAGAACUGGAAAUGGAGAUGCUUAAAUCUUUAGCAGAUGUUGACAAUUCCAAGGCGGUUUUGGUUGAUAGAGAGUCUGAUAAAACCGGGAAAACCUCUGAGACAGAGUUGAACCUUGCACCAGAUGUUGAUGAAGACGAAGGUAUUGAGGAGGAAGAGGAGGAAAGUUGGGAUCCAUUGCUGCCAGCACCGAGUGAAAGCCAAGUCACCUGUCUGAAGACUUACUUCGGACAUUCCUCUUUUAAACCGGUCCAGUGGAAAGUGAUCAGUUCUGUUUUAAAAGACAGAAGAGAUAAUCUUGUUGUCAUGGCAACUGGCUAUGGGAAAAGCUUGUGCUACCAGUUUCCCCCUGUUUACACUGGAUGUACUGGAAUUGUCAUCUGUCCUCUCAUCUCUUUGAUGGAGGACCAAGUGCUGCAGCUGACAAUGUCAGAGAUUCCAGCCUGCUUACUUGGAUCAGCUCAGUUGAAAAACAUCAAAGAAGGCAUCAAAGCGGGUCAUUACAGAGUCAUAUAUAUGACUCCCGAGUUCUGUUCAGCGAACGUAUCAUUGCUUCAGGAUCUUGACCGAACAAUUGGUAUCACGCUCAUAGCUGUUGAUGAAGCUCACUGCAUUUCAGAAUGGGGACAUGACUUCAGAAACUCCUUUAGGAGUUUGGGCUUGUUAAAGAAGGCUCUGCCAUCGGUUCCCAUUGUUGCUUUAACUGCAACUGCAAGCCCUUCGAUUCGAGAAGACAUAGUGAAUUGUCUGAACCUGAAGAAUCCCCAGGUCACAUGUACUAGUUUUGACAGACCUAACCUGUACUUAGAAGUUGCACGACAAAGUGGAAAUAUCCUUAGGGAUUUGAAGCAGUUUCUUAUUAGAAAAGGAAGUUUUGCGUACGAGUUUGAAGGACCCACUAUCAUCUACUGCCCUUCAAGAAAGGCCACUGAACAAGUUGUUUCUGAGCUGGUGAAACUGGACGUGGCCUGUGGUGCAUACCAUGCCGGUAUGGGAAUCAAAGAAAGGAGAAACAUUCAUCACCAAUUUUUGAGGGAUGAAAUUCAGUGUGUUGUAGCUACAGUGGCAUUCGGAAUGGGCAUCAAUAAAGCAGAUAUCCGGAGGGUUAUUCAUUACGGUGCCCCUAAGGAAAUGGAAUCCUAUUAUCAGGAAAUUGGGAGAGCUGGUCGUGAUGGGCUUCCUGCCUCUUGUCAUGUAUUGUGGACGUCAGCGGACUUGGCUUUAAACAGACAUCGUCUAAAUGAGAUACGCAAUGAAACGUUCCGAUUGUAUAAAUUAAAGAUGGUGGCAAAAAUAGAGAAGUACCUUAUCUCAAAUAGCUGCAGGAGGAAAAUCAUCUUAUCUCAUUUUGAAGACAAACAACUCCGAAAGGUCUCCUCGGGCAUCAUGGGCACAGAGGAAUGCUGUGAUAACUGCAGGACCAGAACUUCAGGUUUUGCAGCUUCCAGUGACUCAGAAGGAAGUUUACAGGAUUUUGGAAAGCAAGCCUAUCAGCUGAUGGCCGCAGUGAGCGCCCUGGAUGAGAAGUUUGGAACUAAACUUCCCAUUUUGUUUCUCCGAGGGUCUAAUUCUCAACGUUUGCCAGACAGAUACCGAAGACAUGCACUUUUUGGCAGUGGGAAAGACUGGCCGGAGAGUUGGUGGAAAUCGCUGGGCCAACAGUUGAUAAAUGAGGGGUUCCUCAGGGAAGUCUCUGGGCAUAGCAAGUUUGCAACCAUAUGCGUGCUUACUCAGAAGGGUAGAAAUUGGCUUUCAAAAGCUGGAUCUGUCUCAAGUCCAAGCCUUCUGUUACAGUCUAGCGAAGACCUAAAUCUAAGGAAACCUUCUAGAAGCAGUAGACCUUCGGCUGCAGUCUCCGAGCAGUGCUCGCCAAACGGGAAAGUAACAAAGUUUUCACCAGUCAAACAGGUGUCUUUAUAUGAAAUGUUUUCAUAUGAGAGAAAAGAUAAAAUUUCUACAGGAAGCAAGGACACACUUAAAAGCAUCCCUGUGCACUCGCCAGUCAAAUCUUUUCCUUCAAAGUCCACAGAAUCUGUUUCAUCUCAAGAAAAAGAACUGCAGACUGCCCUGUAUGGCAAGUUGUUGACAGCUAGGCAGAAGCUAGCUAAUGAGAAGGAAAUUCCUCCAGCUGUCCUAGCAACCAAUAAGGUCCUGGUGGAGAUGGCCCGAAUAAGGCCUACGACUGUUGAGAAUGUGAAGAGAAUUGAUGGUGUGUCUGAAGCCAAAUCUACCAUAUUGGCUCCUCUGCUGGCUGAAAUUAAGGAGUUUUGCCAAGUGAAUAAUUUGCAGAUGGAUGCAUUCCCUGUAUCUGGACCUAGAGACCAGAAAGAAACAACUCCCUGGAAACAUGCUGGAGUACUCUCUCCAUCUGAGCAUGUCACAUACGUCCUGUUCCAAGAGAAGAAUCUGUCCCUGCGGACUAUAAGUGAGAGCAGAUCUCUUCCUCUUUCUGAGGUUGGCACUCACCUGUGCCAGGCGGUGAAAGCUGGCUACCCUGUCAACCUGGAACGAGCAGGUUUGACCCUGGAAAUUCAACAGAUGAUUUCUGAUGUUAUCCGUAAUCCUCCCAUUGACUCAGACACAACCAAAAUUCAAGCAAUUAGAAAGCUGGUUCCUGCAGAUAUUGAAACAUAUCUUAUCCGGAUGACUAUUGCACUAUUGGAGAAGGAGGAUGGAAGCAGGCCUCAGGAUGGUUUGAGCUACAAAAGGACCCUGGUGUGGUCCAGCAGGCAGCAAGAAAAAGCAGGAGCAGAUGAAGCAAGCAGGGAAAACGCUUCAGGGACCAAAACAAAGGGUAAUUUGAUCAAGCCUAUGCUGAAGGAAGGAGCUGAAAAAAGCCAUCCACAAGUGGUGCCAUCAGCUGUGUCUGUACGGAGCAUGGAUGACAACCAGCCUGGUAACAGUAAAGGAUGUGCAGCAGGUGGUCAGAUGCCCAUCACACUGGCCUCUUGGAAUCAGUCUGCCCUCAGUCUGGAUGGGGAGGAACUGUUUCCUGAGUGUCAACCAAAGACUUCAGCUGUCCCUUCUAAGAGAAAGAUGCCAGAGUGGUUUGGAAACUCCAGGGCAACCAUUUUAUCUGUUGAGAAGAAUAAGAAGCCAAAAGCAGACCCAAGAAGAGGACUUUUUAAGUGAUUUUUUUCUUUCCCCCCCCACCUUGCUCCCUCCUUCCCUGCGAGAGCCAUCACUGCCUUGAACGGGGAAGUACAUUGAAGCUUUUCACUAUGUGAAACUUCUUGUGGAAAGACUUUGGAACAGAAAUAACAAUAAUAAUAAAUAAGUGA